ACCGUGCGCGCUGCAGGUGGGCACUAAGAGGUGCCGCUGCUACCGCCGCCGCAGCUGCUGCGGAAGCCCCUGGUCUCCUGGGUCCCUCCCGGAGCCUUCCGCAAGUCCAUCCUAGCUGAACACUCGGAGAUCAAGACCGGGAAAGUACAAAAAGAGAAAGAGAUCUGUUUCCUCAGGACCUGUGAGCAGAACUACCUAUCUACCCUGCGCUACUUUUUCCAUUGAGGAAGGUUGAAUUUAGUGGGAGGAAGCAGUCUCCAGGAGGCGACGGAGGAAGAAGGAGCCUUCUUAACUCAGAACAAUCAAUCAUGACUACGGAAUCUGGAUCUGACUCUGAAUCGAAACAGGACCCAGAGCCAGAGCCCCAAGAAGCCUCUGGACGGCAGGGACAAGCUGGGGCUCAGCAGCAGCCAGCGGAACAGCCUCUCAGGGAGGAACAUCAGCAGGCACUGGAGCAGUUCUCUGCAGCAGCAGCACAUAGCACCCCGGUGAAAAAAGAGGUCACUGACAAGGAACAGGAGUUUGCUGCUGCAGCUUCAAGACAGCUCGAAUAUCAGCAGUUUGAAGACGAUAAACUUUCUCAGAAAUCAUCUUCCAGCAAACUCUCCCGAUCUCCUUUGAAGAUAGUUAAAAAGCCUAAAAGCAUGCAGCGCAAAGUGAUACUUUUAGAUGGAACAGAAUAUCUAUGUGAUGUCGAAAAACGUUCCAGAGGCCAAGUGCUAUUUGACAAAGUGUGUGAACAUCUGAACCUGUUAGAAAAAGACUACUUUGGUUUAACAUACCGGGACACCGAAAACCAAAAGAACUGGCUAGAUCCUGCUAAGGAAAUCAAAAAACAGAUCCGAAGUGGUGCUUGGCAGUUUUCAUUUAAUGUGAAAUUCUAUCCACCAGACCCUGCCCAGCUAUCUGAAGAUAUCACCAGGUACUACCUCUGUUUGCAGCUGAGAGAUGAUAUAGUAUCAGGGAGGUUGCCAUGUUCUUUCGUCACACUCGCCCUCUUGGGAUCCUAUACUGUUCAGUCUGAACUUGGAGACUAUGACCCAGAUGAAUGUGGAAGUGAUUAUGUCAGUGAAUUCCGUUUUGCACCAAACCAUACAAAAGAAUUAGAAGAUAAAGUAAUUGAGCUACACAAGAGUCACAGGGGAAUGACACCAGCAGAAGCAGAGAUGCAUUUCUUAGAAAAUGCCAAAAAAUUAUCCAUGUAUGGAGUUGAUCUACAUCAUGCCAAGGACUCUGAAGGAGUAGAAAUUAUGUUAGGAGUUUGUGCAAGUGGUCUUUUGAUAUAUCGAGACAGACUCCGCAUUAACAGAUUUGCCUGGCCAAAAGUUCUGAAAAUUUCUUACAAAAGGAACAAUUUUUACAUAAAAAUCAGACCAGGGGAGUUUGAACAAUUUGAAAGUACCAUUGGGUUUAAGUUGCCAAACCAUCGUGCUGCAAAGCGUUUAUGGAAAGUAUGUGUUGAACACCACACAUUUUUCAGGCUGUUGUUACCAGAAGCACCGCCAAAGAAAUUCCUUACCUUGGGUUCCAAAUUUCGCUAUAGUGGUAGAACUCAAGCCCAAACAAGAAGAGCUAGUGCACUGAUAGACCGACCGGCACCUUAUUUUGAGCGUUCUUCUAGCAAACGGUAUACAAUGUCCCGCAGCCUGGAUGGGGCAUCAGUGAAUGAAAACCAUGAAAUGUACAUGAAGGAUUCUAUGUCUGCUGCAGAGGUUGGUACUGGCCAGUACGCCACGACAAAGGGCAUCUCUCAGACCAACUUGAUAACAACUGUGACGCCGGAGAAAAAGGCAGAAGAAGAGCGUGAUGAGGAAGAAGACAAGAGGAAAAAGGCUGAGGAAGUCACUCCUGUCUCAGCAGUACGGCAUGAGGCAAAGACUGACAGUGAACAGACGGACACUGCAGCUGAUGGUGAAACCACUGCCACUGAGGAGUUAGAUAAAAAUCAGGAAGAACUGAUGAAACAUCAGACCAACAUUAGUGAGCUGAAAAGAACCUUUUUAGAGACCUCCACAGAAACUGCUGUGACUAAUGAAUGGGAAAAGAGACUUUCCACAUCUCCAGUGCGGCUCGCCAUGAGACAGGAGGAUGCCCCAAUGAUUGAACCCCUUGUGCCUGAAGAGAGAACAGAAACCAAGUCGGAGCCCAGUGAAAUAGAGAAGGAAUCAUGCGAACUUCACCAGCAGCUUAGUGCAGAGAAGGUUGUUGAGCAGACGGUGGUGGUGGAGGAGAGACAUGUGAUGAAUGUGCAUGCAAGUGGGGAUGGUUCUAACCUGGCUGGAACUCAUUUGGAUGCUGCAGCUCAAGCAGCAUCUGCUGUGGCUUCUAAUAUUACCGGGAAGGCGGGUUCUGCUCUGACUGAGGGGGCUAAAGAGGAGAAGAGGGAGGAGGCGGAGGCUGAUAAAGCUGUAAUCAAACAGGAAGAGAUUGCCACUGCUUCUCAUGAGCGAGAGGAGGAGCAGACUGCAAGAUCCCUCAUUUCGGAAUCAUUGGAAUCUAAACCUCAUUUGGAGUCAGCAUCUGUGAAGACAGAAACCAUUAGUUUUGACAGUGUCUCCCCAGGGGGAAUAAAACUGGAAAUUUCAACUAAGGAAGUGCCAGUAGUUCAUACAGAGACGAAAACCAUAACAUAUGAAUCAUCACAGGUGGAUUCCAGUGCUGAUACUGAGCCAGGUGUAUUGAUGAGUGCACAAACAAUCACAUCAGAAACAACAAGUACUACAACCACCACACACAUCACCAAAACUGUGAAAGGAGGCAUUUCAGAGACAAGAAUUGAAAAGCGAAUAGUCAUCACAGGAGAUGCAGACAUUGACCAUGACCAGGCGCUGGCUCAGGCAAUUAAAGAGGCCAAAGAGCAGCACCCUGACAUGUCAGUGACCAAAGUAGUGGUACAUAAAGAGACAGAGAUCACACCAGAAGAUGGAGAGGACUGACCCCAGGAAUAAUUUAGCUUGCAUAUGAAUCCAGUCACGCACACCAUUAGGAACACCAGAGCCUAUAUGGAGUCCCCGUUCUAACCCGACUGACUGACUUGUAUCUGUCCGUGGAAAAUUUCAGUCCAGAAGAAUUGAUCUUGACUGUUAAUAAAGACACUGGCAGAGAGAUCUUCCCAUAAUAGAGCAAUCCGAUUCAGCAUCAGUAAACCGAUAUUGCAUGAAGCAACGAUAAAAUUGCAAAAGAGCAGCAUUUUUAAUUUUUACAAAAUGUCUAAGUUUUCAGCUAUACCUGCACGUUCAUAACCAACAAUAUAAACAGUGAUCUCAUAUAACACAUAAACAAUUCAUGCCUUUCGUAGUUUAUUAUUAAAGUCUAAACAAAAUGAUAAUUUGUUAGAUGGCAAAACCUUUUUUGUUUACAAAUUAAAGGAAAAUUACCCUCAAAUGCUAGAAGCUGUAUAGGUACAGUGUAUAAUGUUUUAUCACACAUUAGAUGUGCCAAUAACACAGUUUAUUCAGUAAACAACUUGAAUCUUGUUCUUGUUUCAUCUGGUUUUAUUAUUAUUAUUCCCCUAUAAAAUGAUGAAUCCCUAAUCCUUGGAAAUAUUUAAUGCUUACAAAAUGUGCUUUGUAUAUCUGAUUUAAUACCUUAUGAGGUAGUCAUGAUUUUAGUAUUUCGACUUGAUUUUCUUUCUGUUGUCUGCCUUGUUCUGCAUUAAAUCCAGAAAGCUUCUGUUUGCCCUUCACAGGUCCUAAAUCUAUAAAUUGUCAUUAUUUUGGGGAAACUUGUACUUUCCUUAUAUUACAAGAUUACUCUGUAAUAACCAUAUUGUUUUUAUUGAUUUUUUUUUCCUUAUGUUAUUUGAGAAAAAAAGUGUUUCAUUUCAAAACCUGGUCAACAUUUAUAAUCUAGUUCAGAGCCAAGCCUUAAACUGUACAGAACUUCCACUGUAAACUAUUGAGUGUUCAGUUAUAAAUAUCCAUUGAAGAGUUCUAUUCUCCAUCACACUGUCAACUGCAUCACAACACAUAGUGAAUGUAUGUUUCUGCAUAGUGAAAUAAAAGUGGUAAAUGCAUUCAAAA